GAGGAGGAGAGGAGGACCGAGACAGCAGAAGAAGAAGCAGCAUCCGAGAGGAGGCACAGGGAGAAGAAGAAGAAGAAGAAGGAUACAGGUCGUCAUCCAGCACUUGUUCAUCGUUUCUCAGGACUUCAGGCGCUCCCCCGUCACCUUCCUCGGCCUGACAGACCCACCAGCCCAGCGUUAUGAACUACCUUCGCCGGCGUCUUUCAGACAGCAGCUUCGUGGCCAACCUCCCCAACGGUUACAUGAUGGACAUGCAGAGACCGGCCCCUCCGGGUUCGUCCACGUCCUCCCCCGCCUCCCCGGCCACAGAGAGGCGCCAGCCGCCCAGCAUCCCCAUCCAGACCCCGGCUCCAGCGCCGGGGCCGGGCUCGGCUGCCGGUGCGGGGAGCUUCCUCAGCUCCUUCUCCAGCGUGGUGAAGAGCGCCCAGAUGGCCCAGAAUGUCGCCGCCGCUGCACACGCUAAGUCAGCUGCAGCUGCAGCAGCCGAGGGCGUCCCCGCAGGGGGCGGUCAGCCCGCCAAGCCCGUCGUACGCAAGCCCAAGAUCCUGCUGGUUAUUGAUGAUCAGCAUACAGACUGGGCGAAAUAUUUCAGGGGGAAGAAGCUGAAUGGAGAGUACGAGAUCCGUGUGGAGCAGGCGGAGUUCUCAGACGUCAACCUGGCCUCCUACGUCAACUCGGGGUGUAUGGUGGACAUGCAGGUCAACAAAAACGGCAGCAAAGUGGUCAGGUCCUUCAAGCCAGACUUCGUCCUGAUCCGCCAGCACGCCUACAGCAUGGUCCCCGGGGAGGACUUCAGGAACCUCGUCAUCGGCCUGCACUUCGGGGGCGUCCCCAGCAUCAACUCUCUCUUCUCCAUCUACAACUUCUGCAGCAAACCUUGGGUGUUUUCCCAGAUGAUUAAGCUCUACCAUUCCCUCGGCCCCGAGAAAUUCCCCUUGAAUGAGCAAACCUUCCACCCCAACCACACGCAGAUGAUGUCUUCCCCGUCCUUCCCUAUGGUUGUCAAGAUGGGGCACGCUUAUGCUGGAAUGGGAAAGAUUAAAGUGGAAAACCAGCAGGACUUCCAGGACAUCACCAGCGUGGUGGCUCUGGCCGGCACCUACGCCACCACCGAGCCGUACGUCCAGUCCAAAUACGACAUCCGCAUCCAGAAGAUCGGCAACAACUACAAGGCUUACAUGAGAACAUCUAUUUCUGGCAACUGGAAGGCGAACACGGGUUCUGCCAUGUUGGAGCAGAUCGCAAUGACGGACAGGUAUCGUAUGUGGGUGGACUCCUGCGCUGAGAUGUUCGGGGGCCUGGACAUGUGCGCUGUGAAGGCCGUCCACGGAAAAGACGGCAACGACUAUAUCAUCGAGGUGAUGGACAGCUCCAUGCCUCUGAUCGGGGAACACGUGGAGGAGGACAAGCAGCUGAUCACUGAACUGGUCAUCAACAAGAUGGGACAAGUCCUGCUGGGAGUUUCCACGCCACUGCCUUCCUCCGUCAAGUACAGGUUAGCACAGUGCAACAGUUCACACGGGUGUCCUGAUCUCCCCGCAGGAGGACACCGCUCCGGCUCCGCCUCGCCAUCCCAGUCGGCCCAGGGGUCGCCCCAGAGAGCCCGGUCCGCCACCACCUCUCCCAGCCAGGCCUUCCAGCCCGGGCCCAUCCCCGCGGCCUCCGGGCCCGGAGCUCAGAAACAGUCGCCCCAGCUGAACAAAUCCCAGUCCCUGACCAACACCUUCACCGAGACGUUACGAGGAAGUCUGACGGACGACGAGGCCAAAGCCGAGACCAUCCGCAGCCUCCGGCAGUCCUUCGCCAGCCUCUUCUCCGACUAGAAACCUCCUCAGAAGCCUCCUCUCCCUGUCUGUCGUCAGGUCAAUGAUAUCAAACGAAGAAAAAAGUCUGUUGUGGACUCCCCUUUACCCUCCAAACCUCAGCUCUUUGGUUUCCUUUUCUCUCCUUCUCCAUGUUUGUGAGGUUUACCACCUGGUGCAACCCGCUGUCCUCAGAUCAGCCAUCAAUUUACCACUAAAAAGGCCUAUUUAACUUAGUAAAUGUUACAAGUUGACAUAUUUGCAGCCUCUACUGGGUGGUACACCUGUCUCCAUCUUUGAUUUCAGAUCAGCUGAUGGCAGUUUGGCCUUUUUAGUGGUAAAUAAUGAGAGUAAAACCUCAUGUUCUUGCUUGUACUGCUUCGUAUGUAAUCGCCCUGCAUUCCCUUCAUUGGUGAAACUAAUUGCAUGUUAAUAUUUCUGCAUUUAUUUCCACCUAUUUUCUUGUUUUUAAUUGAGGUGCAGCUUCCAAAAUGGUUUGCAGACGUCUACAGCAAUAUCCCCAUCCCACACGGUUUCAUUCAAACGUUUCCUCACGGUUCACCAGCGACUUUUCCAGCGUCACAUCCAGCCGCCGCGUUGCUCAGACAUCCGUGCGCCGUAGACACUUAUUGGUUUACAACGUAGAGACUCCUCUGGCUUGGCCUAACAUUACCAAAGUGCUUUUUAAUAGAACAUGUAACAAAAAGCAAGCUAUCUGGGUCAGGAAAAGAGUCCAACAGUUCUCCAAAACCUUCGAGCUCGUGAUUUUUACAAGGUGCAAAUGGUAAACCGGCUGACAGCCGUCGUCUUCCACCACAGCUCAGAUCUCUCCCUGAAACUCACCUUGUUUUUCUUUGUCGUGCUUUUUUUAGAGCAGUAAAAUCAAGCAUUUGUCGUGUGGGGGGGGAUUCGUAUCGUAGCUAAUCCUAGUGAGGAUGUGAACAUUUGAAAAAAUCGACAGAGACAGGAGAGGUUUCCUCGUAAAACACUGGAUUUGUCAUCGUCAUCCUUUAUGAGUGAUGUCAGCAGUUUAUCGUCAAUCGCAUUAUUGUUUUGUUCGUUUCUUAACACUGCAGUGGUAGCAGACGUCUUCUAUCGGUAGUCACACUUUCUAGGAAUGCUGAACGUGAAGUUUAUGAUCAUAACUGUUCCACAUUAUCACACUUUUACGGAGGCUUUUCUUUAUUUAGUUUCCCAGAUAUAGCUCUUAGGUUAUCCACACUGC